UGAAUCUGCCCACUUGCCAAGACAGACGUGAGUUCUGUUCCGUCUCUUCUUUAAUCAAUUCACGACUAUGGCCUCGCGUUUAUUAUCGACGACACUCAUCACACCGCCGGCAAAUGUCAACAAAUCGUCGUCGGGUCUAACGGGGAGAGUGAGGUUGAGAAAGGGAAGGCUUAGUAUCAGGGCAGUAAGCGGCAGCUCUCAAGGAGGUUCCGUAGAUGGAACCGUGUACAAAGGCGUUUAUGGUCCCUGGACCGUUGAGCAGUCUGAUGUCAAAGAGGUUAUUUUGUACAGAUCAGGACUGGUAACUGCUGCUGCUUCCUUUGUAGCCGCUUCUUCUGCCGCCUUUUUACCGGAGAACUCAUGGUUAAGUGAAAUAAUCAAGCAAAACCAGGACUUGUUCUACCUUGUUGGUGCUGGUGGUUUAGGGCUAUCUCUGUUUCUGAUUCAUAUAUAUGUAACGGAGAUCAAGAGGACCCUUCAGGCUUUAUGGGCACUUGGUGUUGUUGGUUCUUUAGCCGCUUAUGCUGCCCUUGCUAGACCAGAUAGCGAUAGCUUGGUUCAGUAUGUCGUUGAUCAUCCAACUGCUGUUUGGUUUGUUGGUCCUCUUUUCGCUUCCCUCACUGGGCUCGUUUUCAAAGAAGGGCUCUGCUACGGUAAGCUAGAAGCUGGUCUUCUUACGUUCAUCAUACCCUCAGUACUUCUCGGUCAUUUGAGUGGCCUGAUGAAUGAUGAGGCGAAACUGGUGUUGCUAGGAACAUGGAUGGCACUCUUUGUAGUAUUUGCUGGAAGAAAAUUCACUCAGCCUAUAAAGGAUGAUAUUGGGGAUAAAUCUGUUUUCAUGUUCAUGGCUCUUCCGGAAGAUGAGAAGAAGGCUGUAGUUGCAAAACUCGAGCAAGAUAAUUCUGCUUUUGCAGGCUGAUGGUGCCUCUCUAUUGACGCCGGUGGUUGUGGGAGGCAGCAGAUCUGAUGGGACUUCGAUUUUUGUUGGUCUCUGUUAUGGUUUUUCCGAUAAGGUUUGGAUCUACAGGUUGUGCUGAUUUUUGUCGGUUAUGUUUCAGGCUUCUCAUCGGUGUUUGCCUGUUGUGUUGGGUCUUAAGUGCUUGGUAUGGCAAUACUUUAGAACUGCAUUUCUUUUCUUGGUUUGCUCAGAAUCCUUAUUGGGUGUGUUUCAUUAUGAAACUUUUGGAAGGGAGUUGUCUCUUCUGUUACC